CUUUGGGGAAGAUGAUAGCUUCUUCUUCUUCCUCCAUCGCUUGUUCUUGAUUCUACUUGAAGCUGUUUUAGAUUUUGGUCCUCCGCUUCUCUUUUCAGUUUAUUUUUAGUAGGAUUUAGAAGAUCAUGGCUCAAAGGAGAGGACCUGAUCCGCCUCCGCCCCAGAGGCGGAUUCUGCGGACUCAAACUGCUGGUAAUCUCGGAGAGGCUAUGUUAGACAGUGAAGUGGUGCCAUCGUCUCUUGUGGAGAUUGCUCCUAUCCUUCGUGUAGCUAAUGAAGUAGAAGCUAGUAACCCGCGUGUUGCUUACUUAUGUCGGUUUUAUGCGUUUGAGAAGGCACACAGGCUUGAUCCCACAUCAAGUGGACGUGGUGUUCGCCAGUUUAAGACUGCGCUUCUUCAACGGUUAGAACGGGAGAAUGAAACAACUCUUGCAGGAAGGCAGAAGAGUGAUGCACGCGAAAUGCAAAGUUUCUAUCAACACUACUACAAGAAAUACAUCCAAGCUUUGCUAAACGCCGCUGACAAAGCUGACCGUGCUCAACUUACAAAGGCAUAUCAAACUGCUGCUGUUCUCUUUGAAGUCUUGAAAGCUGUUAAUCAGACAGAAGAUGUGGAAGUCGCUGAUGAGAUUUUGGAGGCGCACACAAAGGUGGAAGAAAAAAGCCAAAUCUACGUUCCUUACAACAUUCUUCCCCUUGAUCCUGAUAGUCAAAAUCAGGCUAUAAUGAGAUUUCCUGAGAUACAAGCUACAGUAAUCGCCCUUCGUAACACUAGGGGUUUACCAUGGCCAGCUGGUCACAAGAAGAAACUCGAUGAAGACAUGCUAGACUGGCUUCAAACUAUGUUUGGUUUUCAGAAAGAUAAUGUUUCAAAUCAAAGAGAGCACUUGAUUUUGUUACUUGCUAAUGUCCACAUUCGACAGUUUCCAAGACCUGAACAACAACCAAGGCUGGAUGAUCGCGCAUUGACUAUAGUGAUGAAGAAACUUUUCAAAAACUACAAAAAGUGGUGCAAGUAUUUGGGUCGUAAGAGCAGCCUUUGGUUGCCGACGAUUCAACAAGAGGUUCAGCAGCGGAAACUGCUCUACAUGGGACUCUAUCUUUUAAUAUGGGGAGAAGCUGCAAACCUGAGAUUUUUGCCAGAAUGCCUUUGCUAUAUAUAUCACCAUAUGGCUUUUGAGUUAUAUGGGAUGUUGGCUGGGAGUGUUAGUCCAAUGACAGGGGAGCAUAUAAAACCGGCAUAUGGUGGUGAAGAAGAAGCUUUCCUGCAAAAAGUAGUAACUCCUAUAUACAAGACAAUAGCAAAGGAAGCAAAGAGAAGUAGAGGAGGAAAAUCGAAGCAUUCCGAGUGGAGAAACUAUGACGAUUUGAAUGAAUACUUUUGGUCUGUUCGGUGCUUUCGGUUAGGGUGGCCUAUGCGAGCUGAUGCUGAUUUCUUUUGUCAGACAGCUGAAGAACUUCGACUUGACAGAAGUGAGAAUAAACCAAAAACUGGAGAUCGAUGGAUGGGCAAAGUCAAUUUUGUUGAGAUACGUUCCUUCUGGCAUAUAUUUAGAAGUUUUGAUAGAAUGUGGAGUUUCUAUAUCCUAUGUUUGCAGGCAAUGAUUAUAAUUGCUUGGAAUGGAUCUGGGGAUUUGAGCGGCAUCUUUCAAGGUGAUGUCUUCCUAAAGGUUUUGAGCAUCUUCAUUACGGCAGCUAUAUUAAAGCUUGCACAAGCUGUCCUUGAUAUAGCUCUAAGCUGGAAAUCAAGACAUAGUAUGUCAUUCCAUGUGAAGCUCAGAUUUAUCUUCAAGGCAGUUGCAGCUGCAACAUGGGUGAUUCUCAUGCCACUAACUUACGCAUACAGCUGGAGGACCCCUUCUGGUUUUGCGCAGACCAUAAAGAACUGGUUUGGGGGACACCAAAAUUCCUCACCUUCCUUUUUCAUUAUGGUCAUUCUUAUCUACUUGUCCCCAAAUAUGCUCUCUACGCUGCUCUUCGCGUUCCCAUUCAUCCGACGUUAUCUUGAAAGGUCUGACUUUAAAAUAGUGAUGCUGAUGAUGUGGUGGUCUCAGCCGAGGCUCUAUAUAGGGAGGGGUAUGCAUGAGAGUGCAUUGUCACUUUUCAAGUACACGAUGUUCUGGGUUGUACUUCUAGUAUCAAAGCUUGCAUUCAGUUUUUAUGCAGAGAUUAAGCCUCUUGUUAAACCAACCAAAGACAUUAUGCGAGUUCAUAUAUCAGUCUACCGCUGGCACGAGUUUUUCCCUCACGCCAAGAGUAAUAUGGGUGUGGUGAUCGCUCUCUGGUCACCUGUUAUUCUUGUUUAUUUCAUGGACACUCAAAUAUGGUAUGCUAUAGUUUCAACUCUGGUGGGAGGUUUAAAUGGAGCUUUUCGACGUCUUGGAGAGAUCCGAACACUAGGAAUGUUGAGGUCUAGAUUUCAGUCCUUACCAGGGGCCUUUAAUGCUUGCUUGGUUCCGAGUGAGAAGACCGAACCUCCAAAGAAAAAGGGGAUUAUGGCGACCUUCUCUCGCAAGUUCGAUCAGGUUCCAUCUAGUAAAGACAAGGAGGCCGCACGAUUUGCUCAGAUGUGGAACAAAAUAAUCAGUAGUUUCCGAGAGGAGGAUUUGAUUAGCAAUAGGGAAAUGGAACUCCUGCUUGUGCCAUAUUGGGCUGACCGUGAUCUGGAUCUUAUCCGCUGGCCACCUUUUCUGCUGGCUAGUAAGAUCCCAAUAGCUUUGGAUAUGGCAAAAGAUAGCAAUGGAAAAGACCGUGAACUGACCAAGAGACUGAGCGUCGACAGUUACAUGACUUGUGCAGUUAGAGAGUGCUACGCCUCUUUUAAAAAUCUCAUAAACUUUUUGGUUGUUGGAGAACGAGAAGGACAGGUCAUAAACGAAAUAUUCUCCAGGAUUGAUGAACAUAUAGAGAAAGAAACACUAAUAAAGGACUUGAACUUGAGUGCUCUUCCCGAUCUGUAUGGUCAGUUUGUUCGACUAAUCGAAUAUUUGAUGCAAAACAGAGAGGAGGACAAGGACCAAAUUGUUAUCGUCUUGCUGAACAUGUUAGAAGUGGUGACAAGAGACAUAAUGGAGGAAGAAGUCCCAAGCAUGCUAGAGUCAACUCACAAUGGAACUUAUGUCAAGUACGACAUCAAGAGGCUUCAUCUUUUACUUACUGUCAAAGAGUCGGCUAUGGAUGUGCCAUCCAACUUGGAAGCUCGAAGGCGUCUUACUUUCUUUUCAAAUUCAUUAUUCAUGGAAAUGCCUGAUGCCCCCAAAAUCCGCAACAUGCUUUCCUUUUCGGUCCUAACACCAUACUAUUCAGAGGAUGUUCUUUUCUCCAUUUUUGGUUUGGAGCAGCAAAAUGAAGAUGGAGUCUCUAUACUCUUUUACUUGCAGAAGAUCUUUCCAGAUGAGUGGACAAACUUUUUGGAACGCGUUAAAUGUGGCAGCGAAGAAGAACUCAGAGCAAGAGAAGAGUUGGAAGAGGAACUUCGUCUGUGGGCAUCUUACAGAGGCCAAACACUGACCAAAACUGUGCGAGGCAUGAUGUAUUACCGAAAGGCUUUGGAGCUCCAGGCCUUCCUUGAUAUGGCAAAGGAUGAAGAAUUAAUGAAAGGGUACAAGGCUCUCGAGUUAACUAGUGAAGACGCAUCAAAGAGCGGAACGUCACUCUGGGCUCAGUGUCAAGCACUUGCUGACAUGAAAUUCACCUUUGUGGUUUCAUGCCAACAAUACAGUAUUCAGAAGAGAUCUGGUGACCAACGUGCUAAAGACAUAUUGAGGCUUAUGACUACGUACCCGUCUCUACGUGUUGCUUAUAUUGAUGAGGUUGAGCAAACACAUAAAGAAAGCUAUAAAGGGGCAGACGAAAAAAUUUAUUACUCAGCCCUUGUCAAAGCUGCUCCGCAGACCAAAUCUAUGGAUUCUUCUGAAUCUGUGCAAACACUAGACCAGGUCAUAUACCGGAUUAAGCUACCAGGACCUGCAAUACUAGGAGAGGGAAAGCCGGAGAAUCAAAACCAUUCUAUCAUUUUUACUCGUGGAGAAGGGUUACAGACAAUAGACAUGAACCAGGACAAUUACAUGGAGGAAGCUUUCAAAAUGAGGAACUUGCUUCAAGAAUUUCUUGUUAAGCAUGGAGGUGUAAGAACCCCUACAAUACUUGGACUUAGAGAGCAUAUUUUCACGGGAAGUGUUUCUUCUCUUGCAUGGUUUAUGUCGAAUCAGGAAAACAGCUUUGUUACUAUUGGGCAGAGGGUGCUAGCUAGCCCCUUGAAGGUACGAUUCCAUUACGGUCAUCCAGAUGUUUUUGAUCGACUGUUUCACCUUACCAGAGGUGGUGUCUGCAAAGCUUCUAAAGUUAUCAAUCUAAGUGAAGACAUAUUUGCAGGUUUCAACUCUACUCUUCGUGAAGGCAAUGUGACUCAUCAUGAAUACAUACAAGUUGGUAAAGGCAGAGAUGUAGGACUCAACCAGAUUUCAAUGUUUGAGGCAAAGAUAGCUAACGGAAAUGGGGAGCAAACUCUAAGCCGUGACCUAUAUAGGCUGGGGCACCGAUUUGAUUUCUUCCGUAUGCUUUCUUGUUAUUUCACUACAAUUGGGUUCUACUUCAGUACCAUGUUAACCGUGCUUACGGUCUAUGUAUUUCUAUAUGGCCGGCUGUAUCUCGUUCUUAGUGGUCUUGAAGAAGGAUUGAGCAACCAGAAAGCUUUUCGAUCCAACAUGCCUCUUCAAGCUGCACUUGCUUCUCAAUCAUUUGUGCAGAUUGGUUUCUUGAUGGCCUUACCUAUGAUGAUGGAGAUAGGCCUUGAGAGGGGAUUCCAUAACGCCCUAAUUGAUUUUGUACUGAUGCAGUUACAACUGGCUUCCGUGUUUUUCACGUUCCAACUGGGGACAAAAACACAUUACUACGGUCGAACAUUGUUUCAUGGAGGCGCGGAAUACAGAGGCACUGGGCGUGGUUUUGUGGUGUUCCACGCCAAAUUUGCUGAAAAUUACAGGUUCUACUCUCGCAGUCAUUUCGUGAAGGGUAUUGAGCUGAUGAUUCUCCUGCUAGUGUAUCAGAUAUUUGGCCACGCCUAUAGAGGCGUUGUUACAUAUAUUCUGAUUACUGUUUCGAUAUGGUUCAUGGUGGUGACUUGGCUGUUUGCUCCUUUCUUAUUCAAUCCCUCUGGUUUUGAGUGGCAAAAGAUUGUAGAUGAUUGGACAGAUUGGAAUAAAUGGAUAUAUAACCGAGGGGGAAUUGGUGUUCCUCCGGAGAAGAGUUGGGAGUCUUGGUGGGAGAAGGAAAUAGGACAUCUUCGACAUUCGGGAAAACGUGGUAUCAUCCUCGAGAUUGUUUUGGCUUUACGCUUCUUCAUCUUUCAGUACGGACUGGUGUAUCAACUCAGCACUUUUAAACAGGAAAAUCAAAGUUUGUGGAUUUACGGAGCUUCAUGGUUCGUGAUCUUAUUCAUUUUACUCAUUGUGAAGGGUCUGGGUGUGGGAAGGCAACGGUUCAGCACAAACUUCCAGCUUCUCUUCAGGAUCAUCAAGGGUUUUGUGUUCCUCACAUUUCUUGCAAUUCUCAUUACUUUCAUAGCUCUUCAUCUUUUAACACCCAAGGACAUCUUCCUUUGUAUGCUUGCUUUCAUGCCAACCGGUUGGGGAAUGUUACUCAUUGCACAAGCUUGUAAGCCUCUGAUUCAUCGGCUAGGAUUCUGGUCAUCGGUUAGGACGCUGGCUCGAGGCUAUGAGAUUCUCAUGGGUUUGCUUUUGUUCACUCCGGUAGCCUUCUUGGCUUGGUUCCCGUUCGUGUCUGAGUUUCAGACAAGAAUGCUCUUUAACCAAGCAUUUAGCAGAGGAUUGCAGAUUUCACGUAUUCUUGGUGGCCAGAGAAAAGACCGAUCUUCCAAGAACAAGGAGUGAAACAAAGAUCAUAUAAGCAGAGAAAAAGCUUGAGUGAUAAACACAUGUAUAUAGUGAUUAAUACAAUUAAAUUGCCUCU